GCGGGGAGUCAUUGUAAUGUCAAACUCGAAGCGUUUAGUCGUGUUGUUGUCACUCCGCGAUACGUAUCUAUUUCUCUAAUACGUAGCACUUUCGUAAUUAUUCUUCGCCGUUCAACCACACGCUGUUGUUAACUACGCUUAAUCCACAUUAAACUGCGAGGGAAAGUUCGAGGCAUUAGAAGGAUGUCACGAAAUUUAAGAAGACGCCGUAAAAUUCAAGAAAACAUUCGAGAAACAACGCUACGGGGCGAAGGGGUUCUUCUCAUCCUCCACUUCUUCCUCUUCUCUGGAACGAAUCCAGUGGUGCUUCGAAGGCCAAAAAUGAAUUAUUUGCGGAAACGAGGGAGAAGAACGGGUCUACUACCGCCGGAAGAAAUUUGGAUAGGAAAGGAGGAUCUGUCGUUUAAUACGUGCUCGCCUCUUUUCCUCCUUUUCUUUCAAAGUAGCUGAGUAGUUGUUUAAUUCUUAACGAGAUGGAUGCUGAAGGAACUUAAUUGUAAGAAGCUUUUGUCAUUAUAUCGGAUAUCUUUCUUUGUUUUCUUCCUGUUCGCGGAGCAGUAAGCUGCUUUCCACAUUUACUUCAGUAUUUCGUUCAGUAACGAUGGCAUGAGAGUUCGCGUAUAAAUGCGGUAUUGACGCGUCGCCGAUAUUUGUUAGUAUAUCAUAGAAAUCCGCAUCGAUCAUAGAAAUUCAGCGACAUAGGCACCAAAGGAUAUAGGCCGAUAACUCAUUUUCCAUUGGAGAAUCGAUUUGAGGUGAGUUCGCAUAGAUCGAUUCGAUGUGUUCACUGGGUGGAGUGCGCUGCUCAUACUCGCACGUUUAACGCGAGUGCCCGUCGUCACGUGUCCCGUCGAAAAUAAGUAUCGUCUACUGAUAAAUGUGCCCGAAGCAUUGGCGGUGAAACAUGGUUAGCUACGUACAGGGGAAAUUCCAUUGGUCUCGCGUAGAUAUUUUCCUCGAUUCCCGUGAAACACGCGACCGACCGCGUUACAGUGCGAGUACCCUACACAUCACGCUUGUACGCCUAUACGCGCAUGGAACGAAGAGAUCGCUUUAUACCGCUUCGUUCUACGUGCACCGUAAAAAUGCAAAGCAGGCUUGCACGUCAGCGCAUACAUCAGCAUACACGUGCACACGAGACAGCCGUGCCGUCGCUGCCAUGGGAUCUGGACGUGGAAGCGGAGGGGGUCGUUUACCCCGUACUGCCACUCCACUAUCAACUUGCUCCGAUAUUAUCGACAAAAGACUCGACGUUUCUAAUUGACAAAGACGGAGGGGAUAUAUUAACGCGGCGCAUCUGCCGAAACGACGCAGAGAGGCGAAGAAAAAUGCGCAACGAGCAUAGGUGUAAGAAUAAAGAGGGAGAAACGGAAGCAGGAAGAGGCGGGCAAAGGUAAGACGGUGGAUUUUAUCUUUUCUGCAGCCUUUGCACGAACAACCCUGCGGUAUGUCCGGAGGCGUGCCAUAGAGUGUUCUCCUCUCGUUGAGAGUCAUUGGCAAGUGAAAGAAUCGAAAGAAGAGCGACGGAAGAAAUGAAGAGAACCUAUCCGGAUUUUGGACGGAUGAAACGGAAAACUGGAAACGAAAUACCGGUUGGAAAGUCUCGUGCGUUUCGAGAAAUGCGACCGUAAUUGCUUACAAAACCGAAUCAACACCAUGAGCCGUGGAUUUUUAUCAGGGAAACAUCUUAACCUGUAAUGAGACGAAACGAUAAAGCGGCACACUCCGAAGGUUUAUCGGUGCGUCAGAGGCAACCGCUCGGCAUCCGUAUAUUUUGAACAUUCGAGAUGGAAGAGAGAAAGGGGUGACUGGCUGGCUUAUUUACGUUUGUGCAUAGUCCAGCGACUGGAAAUUGAUCGCAACAGCGAGCGAGCGAGCGAGCGAGCGAACCGGUGAACUAGUGAACUUUAGCGUCCCGUUUCUCAACCGAGAUCUAACCGGCAAAGGAGUUUUUUACGCAUCUUAAAUCACAUUUCUGGCCUCGUUUUAUGUUAAUUUUAUUUUUAACGUUGACCGUUUCGCGGAGCGCCUCCGCCGCGAAAAGAUAAACGAGACGAUGAAUUAUUCAUUCGAAGAUAAGCAGGAUUUUAACAAAGAACGAUCACAGUCUGCCGUUGGCUAACCAAACGUCUGGUUGGCGUAGGAGGCAGCGGUGGCGAGCAAUAUUCUCGGUGGAUGCAACGACGGCCGCACAACGCCGAGAACGAGAACGAGGACGAGGACGAGAACGAGGACGAGAACGAGAACGAAAACGAAAAGGAAAACGGAGGGAGGGGUGGGACGCGUCGAUAUUCGGACGAACCGCCAAUAAGAAAGACGUAUACGAUUUUGCGUCCGUCUCUCUCCAACUGAAGCUGCUGGCCAAAGUACAACGUCUUUGAUGGCGUAACCGCAAAUCGUUGGCUCGACCAUAUGCGCGGUUUUCAGCGAAAACAAUUUCGCUGUCUUCUCAAUCCGUUGCAAACCACAAUGGAAUUUAUCGUCUAUACCUACGAACUGGGAUUUGUACCGCAACUGUUUUCAAAGGAGCACCGCAACGAGCAUAAAGGGAACAGGAUUUCGACGUGUUUCACUGUGUUUCUUCGCGUUCCUACCAACCUUCCCUCUUCAAUGCCUAGAUAUAACGAUUUUACCCGGGUAUCUGUUGAUUGUGCGACAAACGUAUUAUCGCAUAGAGUAACCGGUUUCUUUGAGUCACCGUUUCACCCUUCAACGUCUUGAAGCUCAAUCUUGAACUUUCCACGGAAACUGAUCAAACUCGCCGUGUACCUUUUCUUCGUGCCACGAUGUAUAAAAUAUUCAAUGCGCAGUCCACUCGUAACAAUCUUUUCUAAGCGAAACAAAUUAUUUUCAUCUGCCGCGUACAUAUCAGCUACGCGUGUUCGUCGUUUCCUCCGUUCCCUUUAUAGCAGGAAAGCAGGAAAUUGCAUAAAAAUCCGCAGUCUAAUUACACGACACCAUUAGUCUUUGAUGUAAUAACGCAAGAGUGAAAAAGUAUCGCGUACUUUAGGUGCAUCAAGAGAAAGUAACACGCCGGCGUUAUUCGAGUCAGUUAUUUGAGCCAAGCAUUACGCAAGAUAUAAUAAAAUAACACGCGUUUCUCGAAUUACGAUCAUCGUGGUGAAACUGAAUACAAUUAACCUUCCCUUCUAACGAGUAAAAGUUGUAUCCGCCUGGAAGAAUUAUGAGAAAAUUAUGAGAAAAUUAUGAUCGCCGACGCACCACGGAGAUAAACAAAAUUUCUGCUCUCUUCGUUUUUGCAGGCGUCUCGACGUUGACGUUUGGGUUCAGGCUUCGAUGUUUGGCCGCGAGUUCGACAGAAAAACGACACCGGCGAACAGCGAAGCAAAGCGGUCGCGAGUCAUCGAGAGGAAGAGCAGCUUUGAUCCCGAGAACGAGAGAGUAUCCUCUCCUUCGUCGUCCACUGCUCACCGCAUGUAGAACGCACACGGUUAACAAUUACCGUUAUCGUUACCGUAACGAACGAAAUUGGCUGUUGCGUCAGUUUCAGUUUGCGGAACAAAGUGAAGCAAAGCGGAGGAGAACGAAGCCUAGAGAAGCCGGGAAAAAAAGAUUAUCCCGUUGGAAAGAAAUUUUUAUGUCGGCUGGAUCUACUGCAUUCGUAGCUGUAACGGCCGGGCCGUGAGACUCCGCAACGGUGCCGGCAAACGCGCUCCUUUUGCCGAGCAGAAAGCGGAGAUCUCGCUCCGUGGACGGAUCGUCGAGGGAAGAAAACGGUGGAAAGUUAAUUUCCCCUCUUUUUUCCAUUUACGAAGAUUUCCCCGCGGCACGCGUUUACGAACGACCGAGCUUAUUAUCGCCUUUAAAGUGCCCCUCGAAUCCAUUCGUGCGCAUCGGCUUUUCCCGGCAUAGCGGAACAACGGAAUAAUUGUUUCGCCUAUCGGCCUCUACGUUUCUCUUCGAUCUUGCGAACAAUUAAUCGAAUGCACGAUUCAGGUCGUUACUUCUCCCUGAUCUGCUACAUUUACAGGAUCACGAAUAGCGAAUGCAUAGAAUUACUCGCCAUGCAAAACUACGUACGUGUCCGGGAUUUCGGGGGCGAAAGUCAAAAUUUACGCGAAACGCUUAUCGUCGUGUUUUUAUCAGCGCACCUUCGCUAAGUCGCAUCGAUCCGAAAUUCCGUAACGUUUCGUAUUACUUUCAAUUUGCCGUGCGAAAAACCUCGACCAACCCGAUCGGAAAUGGAACACGUUGCCGAAGCCGUGAAUACUAAUAACAAUCAGAGUGGAAUUAAUUGUUGUUUCGUAUCGACCGGUGUUGUACGAGGACUGGUUAGCGAACGCAACUGGAUAUUGAUAAUUACGAAACGCGCUGUUGUAUCUAUUAUCGUUUAAAAAACAUAUCGCGAACGGCCGAACGAGAAACGAAGUUAAAGUUGAUCGUCGUUUCGCGCCACUCGAUCGAACAAAAAUAUCGCAAAAAUACUCAUCGACUCGACGUAUCGACUCGACGUCGCUGUCUUCGAAUGCUUUGGGAAAAUAUUCGAGAAACGAAAGAACCACCGAGACCGUUCGUUUCACGCAGCUUAUGGCGGCUUCGCAUUAUCCGCGUACCGACAAAGAUUCGAUCGAACGUCGAAAAGCAAAGUUCAGAUCGUAACCGUGGUUCCACGUCGCUCGGUGUCGUUGCACGCGCGUGUCAGAGCUUUCGGUAUAGACAGCCGCGUGCAUUUCGCACCUGCUCCGCUCGUAACGCGCACGCGCCCAGGUAUGCGACCUACCGGCGCACAGUCCUGAACUGGCGCGACGUCGAGCUUUCGUAGUCGGCAUCGGCCAUCCGCGACGCGAACUUUCCCUCCGAGACGGUCCUCGAAUCGGUCCGUCACGCCGCGCCGCGUCGCGCCGCGUCACGUCGCGUCUUCGCUGAUGCGAAUCGCACUCGCCCCUGUCUCUCGUCAAACGGGAAAUUCGGAUAUAGAAGGCGGACGACAUCGAUCGUCGGCCUCGCAACGUCGUUUGCAAAUUCGAAUCUCGCGGGUUCUUGAUCUCUGAAACUUUGGACGAUCGAUUUGAUCGACUUUGUCUCGUACCUGAUACUCUAUCUAUCGUCGUCGCGAUCGACAUUCUACGUUCGCAACUCGCUCUUUUUCCGCUUUCUUGCCUUUCCACGCAUCGAUCCCACGAACCGAUCGAUCGCGUCUUGUCCGGAUCGCGCUGGCUUACGAAAGGACAACGGUCGUGUGUAGCCGAUGAAUCGGAAGUAGCCUUGGCAGAAGUAGCGGCUAUCGACGGCGUUGCGGUAAGCCGCUCUUAAUCCCAAUCGAAGAUCAACGUUUAGUCCCUGUGAGAACUUUGAAAUUCGAUUAAGCACGGCGGUGGGGGAAAUCUCGUGCGAUCGAAGGAUCACGGAGUACGUGCGAGCAAAUCGAACGUGGUUCGCGUUGGGUACGGGAUCGGGCGGUCGCGACGAGGCGGACGUGGCCGUGUAUUAUCGAUCUAACGAUCGCCUGGUUGGUCACGUAAAAGGGAGUCGACUGUGAAGAAUUGAUCGUGUCGCUGCAAUUAUGUCAACAAAUAAACGAACCAAGGUACACCCACUACGCUCCACCCCUUCUUUCAAUGGAUCCGAAAGGGAAUAGUCUCGGUCAAAUCAAUACGCAUUCGCGUCACACGGUCGGAAACGGGAGGAGGUUCGAAGAGAGAGAAAGAGAGGAGAGCGAAAGAGAAUCGAAUCGGCGUGUGCAUGUGUCCAGCUCACGGCCGCUCUCGUGCACGUGUCACGAGAGAAAAACAAAGGAUCGGCCGAGCGAUUCCCAGCGAUCCGGUAUCGUCGAGCAAACAUCCGCCUCGACCUCGAUUUAAUAAUUUGGCCGUUGUUUGUCUACACGAGGUAUCGGCCGACCUCGAGAUUUCAUUCUGUCCGCGGCAGACAACCUGCAUCGUUUCUCUUCCGUUAGCAGUUUGCACGACAGUUCGGCUGACGAUCACGGCAAAGAUCAAACAUCGAACACGGUUAUACGUAUCGUCGCAGUGUGAUUCGUGGGCGAGAAAAACUCGCGGAUGCACGCGUAAAUUUCGUCGACGAAUUCGCCAGAGAUCGAUGUUCGGACGUUAAAGUCGAUCGCCGUGUUCGAACAGGCGUGCUCGCCGAGGGAAGGACACACGUGCGCGUUCCUAGUCGAAGGAGCUCGGAGCUUUCGGCGAGAUUGCAACAAGUUGCAUUUAAAACCCGUACCUUCCGUACGCCGGCAUACUUUCGUUUUUCUCUUUCCACCACACCGGCCCCUUUCCUUCUUCAGUCGUCUCUCGCACCUUCCCCCUCUUUCUCUCUUACUCGUUCGGUGUUCCACGAAACGAAAAUAGCUAGCCAGAUUUUCCGCACCGACGUCCCGCAUCAUUCCCGGAACUGUUCCGAACGUUAAUUCCGUCGAUUAGUUUCGAGCCGCACAGCCGCUGAGAUCGAUUGUUCGAACGAGAAGGCCGCGACGAAAUAUACGAUAAUUGUGGGAAAUUCGAGGCACGAGCGUUCCUCUCUGAGAUCGCCGAGAAAUUUCUCGGUUCCUCGAGUGGGUCCGAACGAACCGAAAUAUCCUCGACCGUCGCUUUUCGUCGACGUUGCGAUCGUCGUACGAGAUUCCGCUGAAAAUUACCCGCCCUCUUAACGGACCUGUCUCGGUGCCAAACUAUCGCCGGCGAUGCCUAUCGAACGAGAGAUCGGAUGACGCGGCGCUACUCGGAAAUCGCGGAAACUUCAAAAUCCCGGCCACAAGUAUUUAACGGUCGAGACGACUUUUAAACGAAGUCGAGGAGGGAACCCUCUCGACGAGGGUGCGAGAUGCAAUAGCGACGAAGGGUCGGAGCGCGACCACCCAUCCCUCUUCGCAUUUACAGCGUCGUUCGUUCGUUCGUUCGUUCGUUCGUCCGUUCGUGCCGCGGACCAAGAAAAACGCGAAAUCCUUGCUUUCGGUUACCCCAGCACGCUUUCUGUUAGAGAUGAUUCCGAGACACAGGGGUCGAGACUGUUUCUCGUGGCGAGGCGUCGAAGCAAGAAUUAGCAGCGUGAAAAGAGGUGUUCGCGACUGUACUUCGGUAAGGUCGGCUUCAACCGCCGCUUAAAAAGUCGCCAGAUAAAAGUAGGCCGAAACAAUGAGGGGAGUGGUACGACCGCCCCAACGAUUCUACCCCUUUUGCUCGCUGUAGUAAUCUUACGGUAUCGUGGCGCGACGGGCUUGUUGGGAAACUCGUUUCCUAUUCGGUAAUAUGAUAAUGUCGUUUGCACAGUGUUGUGAACGUACGUACGCGUGUGUUUGCGGUAGAUCGUCGGCGAUCGUCGUUGCCCGCUGAGGAGGAGAAAUUGAAUGUGGGUCGAGGACUGAGUACACGGAAUAGGAAAAUCGAAGAAUCGAACACUGACACUGGAUAGGCGAAAGCGAAGGUUGUCCACGAUCUCGAGAUCCGAUCGGCCAAGGAACGUAUCCGACGAUGGAUUUUAUGCUGCUCUUAAUCGCCGUGCUCCUCGGGCAGAAGGUGACUGGACUGAAGCUGCUUUACAUAAGCGUCCCGCCGUACUCCUUUAGGGGCCAGAGUGCGCUUCUCGAGUGCAGAUACGACCUAGAAGCGGACAAGCUUUACUCCAUCACGUGGUACAAGGAUCACGAGGAAUUCUACAGAUACGUGCCUAGAGGGGAACCUACGAAGCACAGCUAUCGCGUCGAGGGCGUUAAAGUUGACCACCGAAAGUCCAAUGACAAGGAGGUGCUACUGCAGGACGUGAGCCUGCACAGUAGCGGACGGUACAAGUGCGAAGUGAGCGCGGAGGCCCCUAGCUUCAACUCGGUCAGCGCAGAAGCCAGCAUGGAAGUCGCAGUUCUGCCGCAAGACGGGCCGUCGAUAACGGGCGAGGAGAAGGUUUACGCGACCGGCGACGUCCUCGGGCUGAAUUGCACCAGCGGCAAGUCCCAUCCCGCUGCGACGCUCAAAUGGUUCAUCAAUAGGGAGCAGGUGAAACCAGACACGGAAAUGGUGUUCGAGCAGCACGGACUUUAUUCGGUGAUAUCCAGUUUACGACUGCAAUUGGAACCGGAUCACAUCGCCGGCGACAAAAUAAACGUCAGAUGCGAGGCGACCGUGGUAUUGGACUCGAUGUCGGACAAGCCACGCUUCGAGACGCGCACAACGGAAGUUUUCGGUGCAAAGGCCAGGUUGCAGCAGCAGCAGCAGCAGCGAGAAUCGACGAUGUACUCUUGAAAGCUGCGAGCGGUCGCGAAACCUUCGCGAUCGUUCGCCGUCUUCCAUAAUUUCUUCCAUUUCUCCCAACAUCCUGAAUUAUAAAAUGUCGACCGGUCUUCUUACUCGCGCACCUGUGCUCCUGAAAAACCGCACUCGGAUCGAUCGGUUCUCCGACUACCGCCGAUACCUUUCGGCUGCCUGCCAAUCCGACUUUUAGACGCAACCUCUCGAUUACCGCCAGUGGAACGUCAUCGGCUGAGAUACGAUUCUCAGAUGCGGCAGCCUGCUCGUAAUUACGGUAAGAAACUUUUCUUCGCAUUAUCCGACGUUCCGACUUUCUCGUAACGUUCUCGUUUAUCGAGAUGUUCGAAAACGAAGAACCGCAUGGCAUACGGAUGAAUAUUAUCUACCUAUUGACACCUGCGUGAAAUUACCGUGUGUCCUUUGCAACAUCAUUAUAUCUUUCUUCUUCUUCUUCUCCUUUUAUAUCUUUCUUUCUCUCGUAGAAGAAAAUUCUUCCAGUUAUUCGUACACGGCGACUGACAAAAGUGUCGCACAACACAUACCGCGCGGAAUUUUCAUCUGUUUAUUGUACGUGUUACUUUGAGCAUCCUGCGAUAUUAGCCCUUUGAUCAGACGCCACUAUAUCGGUAAAAUGUGAAAUCGACGUAAAAACGUAUACCUGUAUGCGCGUAGAAACUACAAAAUUCUUGCCAUAAACGUAUAUUGGAUAGAAGAAGAUGAGUACACGGUAUGAAUAAUGGUCUUAAACGUAGAAUCGGCGUUUAUUUUAAACGUUCAGUAAGCUGUAAAAUUUCGACGACGACUUCAUCAUCUCUGACAUCGUAUACUUGCACUAAAUAUCUUGCAGUUUCUGUGUAUAUCUUGGAUUUUAUUUCAAAGUUUGCCGAUACAGCCGCUAUAGUCGUAUAGAUGCAAUUUCAAAAAGCCUAGCACGACGCCAUAUGUUUAUCGUGUACGUAAACAUUUUCUACGGUAAAUGUUGGAAGCGUUGGAAUAUCUCGAUGAACAACUACAGGUAAUUUCCCGUUUCAACUUUAUGUUAAACUAUUAAGAGCCCUCCUCUGGAUCGAAUCCGAGUGGAAAGUGGAAUCGAAAGAGAAAAGUUUUAAUUUUAUUAAAUUUACAUCUGCAAGAUAAUUGUCCAGCAAUUUAUUAAAGAAGAAUAUGAGAAAGCGUAAAGCUUCAAGCUCUUCGGUUCUCGUGUCCUCUCUACAAACAACUUUAUUUAAUUAAUCGAAACGCAUUAGGAUUUUUCGCGAAAGUAAAGAUGCAAACAAAGGUAAAUUCGACUCUCACUCGCUAAACUCUGUUCCGAAGGUCUCUUCCUCUUCGAGUUGGACUUCCUUUGCCGAGAGCUUAGACUCUGUUGCUAUAUACAUCGUAUCGUGUCUGUAUCGCUGUUACCAACCUGAUGAACAGGAAAGUUUGCACGGUGAAGGUAAGCGACGUAGAAAAAUUGACAAAAAACAGCACAGAUAUCUAAAUGCAAAAAGAAUAUACUAAGACAAGUGCGGAAUACAAAAGAGUCACGCACACAUACGAUGCAGACUAGAUGCGUGAAAGUAGUACGUUCCGUUUCGAGACAGAAGCGAAACGCUUGAACCGUUCGUCGACGAACAAGACCAAUUUUAUUUUCGUAGCCAUGAAUUUUCGAUAACUACUUGGAUAUAUGCAAUUUAACGAACGCGCGAUGUUCUCCAUAUCCAUUUUGUUCGACGAUUCCAGCGAUACAAACGACUUUCGAGUCGUCAUAUUUGGUCGCUGACUAAUAAUAAUAAGCCAACAAAUUACAAGUCGUAAAUUAUAAAUUUCGCUCUCGAAUAGAAUAAUCAUCGGAUGAUGUACGAUUUAUACAAUUUAUACAAUUUCCUCGUGAAACUUCGUUUGUUUCGUUGCUUGUCGACUUUAUCGAUAACGGUAACUUUUAACUCGCGACUUGUACCUAAAAACUUGUCUAAUAAUAUCAGCGUAGUUAUACGAAACAGUUCUAUGAGCAAGGCCGGUGCGUAAAGUAUGUUAAAAUUCGCGACAAACUGGACAGAAAUAGGUGGUUAAGAAUUUCCAAAGUAAUUUAGAAUUUGCAAACAGACGAAAGCUUGACAGCGCUGGAAUUCCACAGUGGCACGUUGCACGACUAGAAAUGAAAAGCAACGCUGUCGGAAGGCUGCAGACACACGGAUUAUAGAGACGAGAAGACAAUGGAGAACGCGCGACAUGCCACAAGCAACAAUGCUCACUUUGCCAUUCGCAAAACUACUAGCAGUUAGUUUAGAUUUAUUCGGCUGGAAUUAUUUCAAAUAAAUGUUGCCAAACGGAAGAUAAAAUAUUCUAAAGAAUUAAUUUCCCAGCAACAUCAGAAAACUGCGACAUGACGCAGAAUCUUCACAACGUCAACAAAAUUAACUGUGAUUCGCACCAAGUAAUGAUAAUUAGCCGUAAUCCAUCAUAUUCCAUCUUUUGUAAUUAUGUCUAAGAUUUACACAUACGAUUUUAUUGUGACAGGCGCUAUAGUUUAUCAAUACGCCAAAUAUUUCAAGGAACGUGACUAUAAAUGUAUAGUAGUUUGAAAGAAAUUCUCGUACGAUAGUUAUAUUCGAAAACUAAGUAUGAUGCAUCGAUAAAGUUAGAAUUAAGUAUAUAUUAAGUUGUACAGACUAGUUGUGUAGAUAAGUCACAUAGGACAAUUCAUGUUCUGCGUAACAUGGAUGGAUAAAUGCGCGAAUCACUAUACGAUUGAGAGUAUUUACAAAGAUUAUUGUAGAAUUUCAAAAUUUAAUCAAUAAAUAGAUCUUAUAAGGGGAA